AUGCUCGGGGCCGGGGGGGGCGGCGUGCACGACGCGGCGGCGCUCGGUGCCGCGCUGGUGCGCGGCAGCAGCCCGCUGGUGGGUGGUUCUGGCCCUUUCGGCUGCUCGCCGAUGGGCGGCAGCCCCUAUGGCAGCAGCCCCUUCUCUGCGGGCCCGUUCGGCCCCAGCCCUUUCGGCGGCAGCCCUGCGGGCGGCAGCCCCCUGGCUGCGCUCGUGGGCGUGUUUGGCACCGCGGCCGGGGUCGGGAUGCCGCAGAUUGCGAUGGGCUCGUCUCCUGCAGGGACCGUCCCGUGGGGCGCGCCGCCGCCGCCCCUGCCGCCGUUCGACCCCGGGCCGCUGCUGCCGCGGAGCGGCAGCCUGCAGGGCGCCUGCGUGCCCGCGGGUCCCCUGCUCGCGGGCGCGGCGCGGCAGGCGGGGGCGGCGGCGGCAACAGCACCCGAUGGGCAGGACGCGCGCUUGCCUCAGCAGCAGCAGCAGCAGCAGCAACAGCAGCAGCAGCAGCGCCGCGGCAGCGGCGCGCCUCCGUUGUGUGCCCCGCUGCCAAAGCGCUCCGGCGGUUCCAGCGGCGGCGCGAGCCCGCGUGCGCACGGGCCGGGCGCAUCGACACCCGCGUCUCAGUGGCGCGGCGGCGGUUUCGCGCAGGGCUCGAGCCCGCGCGCGCCGGCGUCGCGCGCCGCGUCCGAGCGGGCAGCUUCUGAGCGGGCGGCUUCAGAGCACGGGGAGGAGGCAGGCGUGCCAUUUUUGUUCGACGAAUUCUGGGGCGCGGACGGUCGCGUUGCCGGGCCUCCUUGCGGCGCUGACGCCGACGCUGGCGGCGCGGGCGGCGGCGGGAGCGGCGGCAGCGGUUGCGGCGGCGGCAGGUGGGACGAGCAGGCGGCUUCCGCGGCUGUGCCGUGCUGCGGAAACGAGGACGGCGCGUUGGCUUUGUUCGAGAGCCUUUCCAAGCCGCUUUCAGAGUAUCUGCCAGGCGGCCCCGCGGGAGCGGGCCGCGGCGCAGCCGGCAGCACCGCGGGCCCGGCGAGCGACGCACCCGAGCAGGUGCUGGGCCUGCCGGUGGCCUGGGGCGGCGGCGGCCCGCGGCCGCCGGCGGGCGGCAGGGAUGACUACCUAGCUGAGCCGAGGACGUCCCGCCUGUUCCUGGGCAACCUGGGUUGGUGGGUGGACGAGGACAUGCUGCUGCAGUGGUUCUCCCCCUACGGGCGCAUCACUGAUGUGCAAGUGAUGUGGAACACCAAGAUGCGGGGGCGCGGAAAGAAGGUCAACAGGCAAGUGCAGCCGGGGGCACGGGGGCGCGGGGCGGGGCGCUGCGCUGACUUUGGCGUCCGGAAGGGGGUUGGGCUCUGGCAUGCGGGGGAGUUUGCCUUCUUAUCGUUCGCGUCAAAGCUGGACGCCGCACGCGCCGUGCACUGGCUGGACGGCUGCCGCAUCGUUGACCUGCAGAAGGACGCAGGAGGCAUCACCGUCGAGGCCGAAAACGGCGACGGCACGACAGCGUGA